UCUGUGAAUUUCUGCGGCGGGAAGGCUUGUUUUUUUCGCAGGGAGCGUUGCCACUGAUAAGAAGAGAUGGUGGCAGGAAGAGCAGCACAAAUAGGGCCCGGAAGGAAAGGAUGCAGGGCAGCAGAAUAAAGGAGCAGAUGCAGCAGAAAAAAGGCCAAGAAGAUUCAAAAAGCAAAAAGGCUCUGGUGUCAUCUCCAAAUUCAGAAGGAAGCGAGAGGGUGAAAACAGAUGCAAUAGAGGAUGAUGGGUGGUAUCAUGAUAACCUUACCCGGCAUGCAGCAGAAGCGCUGCUUCUCUCCAAUGGGCAGGAUGGAAGCUAUCUCUUGAGGAAGAGUAAUGAAAGGGAAGGCUUAUACUCCCUUUCUGUAAGGGGAAAAGAUUCUGUGAAACACUUUCAUGUGGAACAUACAGGAACUACAUUCAAAUUUGGAUUUAAUGAAUUUUCUAACUUGAAGGAAUUAGUCAUGCAUUUUGCAAAUCAGCCUUUAAUUGGAAGCGAGACAGGAACCUUAAUUGUACUGAAGCAUCCCUAUCCACGGAAAGUUGAAGAACCUUCCAUUUAUGAGUCCGUCCGAGUUCACACAGCAAUGCAGACAGGAAGGACAGAAAACGAUCUUGUUCCAAAUGCUCCCUCACUUGGUACAAAAGAAGGAUAUUUGAUAAAACAAGGCAAAAUAGUCAAGAACUGGAAGACAAGGUGGUUUACACUGCAUAGGAAUGAACUGAAGUAUUUCAAAGAUCAGACAGCCACAGAACCAAUUCGGGCACUAGACUUAACUGAAUGCUCAGCUGUGCAAUUUGACUACUCCCAGGAAAGAGUCAAUUGUUUCUGCUUAGUGUUCCCACUAAGGACAUACUACCUGUGUGCAAAAACUGGAAUAGAAGCAGAUGAGUGGAUUAAAAUAUUGCGAUGGAAACUGUCACAAAUACGGAAACAACUGGAGCAGCGUAAUGCCACCCUCAAGUCAUAGUUGCACCUUGACUGCUUCUACUCAGUUGGCAGGAUGUGUCUCUUUGCUAAGGGGAAGGCAUCUGAUUACAAGAGGACUGUUUCAAAUGUCUCCAUUGCCAAUAACGAGCACGUGCCUGUGCGGAUACCCCCGCACACACAGAUUUGCAUCCAGCUCUGCUCACAAAGGAUUUGUGCAGCUGAGCACUUUCAGGCUGUUGAGUCAUGUGUGGAGACUGUUGCAAAAUUACAAAGUUGGUUUGAUAUGCAUGGUUUGCAUUUGUAAUGCACACUUAAUUCAUACACCUGUUAACCAAUAACAAAAGUAUUCACUGUUUAAAACUUCUGAGGUAAUACAGAGCACUCCCUUGAGGAUUUGUUGCAAGCCCCAUUGCAGCUAACCCUUAGCAGCAUAUUCUGUAGCCUUGAGUCUGUUAUUUAAAAUCAAUCUUUUCUGGGAACCUUAAAUAUUUCUUCUGUAUUACCUGUUUAGGAUCUAAAUUUAAAAAAAAAAAAAGACAGUUAAUGCUUUCUCAUAGCUGUGAAAUCAGCUAGAUUAUAUAUUUUUAAAUAAUAUCUAUAUUACAAGCCAAAGAAUAAACUUAAUAUUUCAAGGCCCUUUCAAAGUGAUGGAUGAAUAACAGCUGGUUCUGGUAAAAUAUAUUUUUGUAUGGUUUAGUUUUACAGUGCAGCAAUGACUACAAGUGAAUGUUUGUUGUAAAUGACGUAUAUAGGUAGUGGUAAGCAGCAUCAUGAAAGCACAUGUACUUAAAAAGUAGGAUCAUGAAAAAACUGGCAGCUGGUUCCCAGCUCACGUAUGAAAGGUAGGAUGCUGAAGGAUGGAUGAUGGCAGGGUUCUGCCAAAAGCUUUGCUUGCGGCAAACACCAGCCUUUGUAGUAGGAUUAUGAGUUGGGCCCCUUACAAGCCCCUGUUGAAAACAGGCUGGAUUUUGUUAUUUUUUUUCUCACAUAGAGAACGUUAAUAGACAAAACAAGAGGCUUUGCCCAGAACUUGAGAUGUUCUAGAAUUAAGCAUUGCUUGCUUUAUAUUAAACAAGAUGAGCAACAAUAAUAAAAAAGCAUAAUCUUCCCCAAAAUAACUUGUGAAUUUACAAGAAUACAUUUUCUACAUAACCUGAUGUAAAUUUCCAUGUAUUUUUGGAAGAUUCAUGUAACAGUUUCCGUGCUCACUAGUUUUGCAAGCGAAAGGCCAGUACUUCAGUGCUGUAGCGCAAAGAGGCAUUGUAUUUUAGGAGCAAAAUACAGCACACUGGAGGUUUUCAAGGCCAGACCGGGUAAAGCCCUGGGUAACCUGGCCUGACCUCAGGGCUGACCCUGCUGUAAGCAGGAGCCUGGAGGAGAAAGCCAGGAUGUCAUCUCUGCCAAGGUGAUCCUGCUGGUCUCUGAGGAGUGGGGGAAGGCAGGGAGUUGCUCCUCCUGACUGUUUAACAGCCAAGUGUCCUAUGUAAGGUUGUAUGCAAAGCUGUCUCCCCUGUGAACACCGCUUUGGCAAAAGGCUUUAGUAGCGCUCACAUAGCAAGUCAGUUUUCCGUAACUGCCUUUACUAUGAGAAGACUUAAGAAGGGAAAGGGGAAAAAAAACCCUGGAAGAAAAGAGAAUCCAGAUUUGGACACAGGAAUAGCAUCUUAUUUCAACUAAAAAAAAUGCCAAAUAUUUGUAAAUAUUU